AAUAAAUGCAGAACAAACGAUACUCUCGCGUACUAGGCGCUGAUCCAGGACACCAUGUGAGGACACAAGCGUUCGUGUGGAAUUGUCUGCUUUAUUAAAACAAACAAACAGGGGGGAAUCUAUCGGUGGGUAUGCUGGGCUGACUUACGCGUUUCUUGCUGGAUUUUUUGGAUUGUCCGCUCCCCGUGCUGAGGCCUCUUCCUUGAUGUGGAUGCCUGCCUUAAGCUGUAGAUUUUACCAACACAAGUUCCCUGAGGUGGACGACGUGGUCAUGGUGAAUGUCCGGUCCAUAGCUGAGAUGGGGGCUUACGUCAGCCUCUUGGAAUAUAACAACAUCGAGGGUAUGAUCCUGCUCAGCGAGCUGUCGAGAAGGCGUAUCCGAUCUAUCAACAAACUUAUUAGGAUCGGCAGGAACGAGUGUGUCGUGGUGAUCAGGGUGGAUAAAGAUAAAGGAUAUAUAGAUUUAUCUAAAAGAAGAGUUUCACCAGAGGAAGCCCUAAAAUGUGAAGAUAAAUUCACCAAAUCUAAAACUGUGUACAGUAUUCUGCGGCACGUGGCGGAGGUUUUGGAAUACACAAAGGAUGAACAGCUGGAGAGUCUAUACCAGAGGACAGCUUGGGUGUUUGAUGAAAAGUACAAGAAGCCGGGAUAUGGAGCCUACGAUGCAUUUAAAAACGCAGUCUCUGACCCCGAUGUUCUGGACGGGCUGGACUUGAUUGAAGAUGAGAGACGUGUUCUUAUUGACAACAUUAACAGGCGCCUGACCCCACAAGCAGUGAAAAUCCGAGCAGAUAUCGAAGUGGCAUGCUAUGGGUAUGAAGGCAUCGAUGCUGUAAAAGAUGCAUUGAGAGCAGGGCUGAGCUGUUCCACGGAGAACAUGCCAAUUAAGAUAAAUCUGAUUGCACCUCCUCGGUACGUGAUGACCACUACUACCCUGGAGAGGACAGAGGGCCUUUCUGUGCUCAAUCAAGCAAUGUCCGUCAUUAAAGAGAGAAUUGAAGAGAAGAGAGGAGUAUUUAACGUCCAGAUGGAGCCUAAGGUGGUCACAGAUACAGAUGAAACAGAGCUGGCACGGCAGCUGGAGCGACUGGAGAAAGAGAACGCAGAGGUCGAUGGAGACGACGAUGCUGAGGAGAUGGAGGCGAAAACUGAAGAUUAAAAACGAUGAACACCAGUUUUGUUUUUGGAGAAAAAAUUCAAGUCACAAAAAAACUGACUUCCAUGCCAUUUUCAUUUGCUCUGAAUAUCUUCCACUAACCUCUGCAAUUCCGUCUGUAUAUGCAACACAUCUCGAAAUUAAUCCAACAAUCGUGUGAAAACAUGGGCCAGUGUGCUUCUUACAAGGCUGCACAGAAACUUGGGAAACACAACAUGAAUCCAAACAGCUGCCAGCACAUUAGAUCCAUACAACUCUCUGGUUAGUGGGGAAAGUUGGCCCGGCUAAUCAUAUCUUUAUUAGAAUAGCUAUUUUAUUAGGUCAGUGAGUUCAUUCUCACGUGGGACUGAACUAGACCAGAGCCCUACUGCGUAUUGUUAGCAAAACCUUUCUAUAUAUACACUUAGUCGGCAUUACUAUAUCACAGUGGGUUCAGAUAUAGAACUGCUGCUUCAUUUAUACCUGUUAGUUUAGUCUCAAGUGAAAAUACACUUCUGAGAUGUUUGCAGUGUAAGAGAUAUCCAGCGUGUAGAUUUCCAGAGGGAAUUACGCCCUCCAGCAUUUAUUUCUGUGAGUUAUAGCUCAGCCAGUGCUGGUGGGGAGGCAGCUGGGUUACCAUUGCUCAUAUGCCAACCCUCAACUUGCCUUUUACAUUUUUCUUGUGCAAUAGGUCUCUGGGGCAUUUGCUGAGCUUUCACAGCAAAGAGAUUUGUUGCUGGACUCCAGAAAACAAUGCAAAAUACUGAUUAAAAAUGUUAACUAUUUUUUAUUAUCAUUCCCAACAUGUGUUCUACUACAGAGCUUUCUGUGAGAAACCAAUAAAAUCCAAGAAAUUUA